CAAUGAAGUCACGGAUCUCACAGGUACGUCGACGAUGUGAUCAGCCGCAUUGACAGGAUGUUUCCAGAAAUGUCCAUUCAUUUGUCCAGACCCAAUGGGACUUCAGCCAUGCUUCUGGUGACCUUGGGAAAGGUUUUGAAAGUGAUUGUCGUCAUGAGGAGCCUGUUCAUUGACCGCACAAUUGUGAAGGGGUAUAAUGAAAACGUCUACACAGAGGAUGGUAAGCUUGACAUAUGGUCCAAAUCCAACUAUCAAGUAUUCCAGAAGGUGACAGACCACGCCACCACUGCCCUGCUCCACUAUCAGCUACCCCAGAUGCCAGAUGUUGUGGUCAGAUCCUUCAUGACCUGGUUGAGAAGUUACAUAAAGUUGUUCCAGGCCCCAUGCCAGCGCUGCGGGAAGUUUCUGCAAGAUGGCCUUCCCCCAACAUGGAGGGACUUCCGAACCCUGGAAGCCUUCCAUGACACCUGCCGGCAGUGACCCCAGCCCAGCCACCCAGCCCUGCAGCACCAGCACCUUCCCAGACCAGCCCGAUCCAUUAACCAUACAGGUGUCUGUGGCCAUUCUCCCUGGGCCUAUCUGCUGGCAGAACUGUCACCCAUCAUGGGAGGAUGGUCUAUUCCUGCCCUGUGUGCUGGAAUCCCUGUGAGUCGCCCCUGGGUCUGCUGUUUCCAUGAGCUGUUACUGGGGUGAGCCCUUUAUUCUUGGGGUGGAGUGUGCGUGGUUGGUUUUUGUAACUUAUUUUUGUAAACAAUAAACCUUUUGUACCCUGGUG